AUGAGGGGAAAGUCGCUGCCCGGAAAAGUCAUUUUAAUGUUAUGCAUCUCUAGUUUUCUGGUGGGAACCCUCUUCACUAGACACACAUGGCCUUACGCUCCCAUAAAUAACGAUUUACGUUUUAGGAAUCACAAGUUUGGUUUGUCAAUGCCUCGAGACUGUGAUCACAAACGUAAACUGGUCGAAGAGAAUUCAGUAGACAUUAUGGCAGAAGUCACGAAAACUCAUCAGGCAGUCAAAUCAUUGGACAAAACGAUAUCAACAUUGGAAAUGGAACUAGAAAGGACUCGGCCCAGUCUAUCCGGGGCCAAACUUUUGUCAGAUAGGGGGACAUCUAACAAGACAAGUUUACAGAAAGCGUUUGUUGUCAUUGGUAUUAAUACCGCUUUUAGCAGUAAGAAGCGCAGAGACUCUCUUCGAGAAACAUGGAUGCCCACUGGAGCAAAACUAAAAAAAUUGGCGAAAGAAAAAGGGAUCAUUAUAAGGUUUGUAAUUGGACAUAGUGCAACACCAGGUGGUGCUCUUGAUCGUGCCAUUGAUGCCGAGGAGGAAAAAUACAAGGAUUUUUUGAGGUUAAAUCACGUGGAGGGCUACCACGAGCUCUCCACCAAGACAAGGUUGUAUUUCUCGAGGGCAGUCUCAAUCUGGGAUGCAGAGUUCUAUGUCAAGGUGGAUGAUGAUGUGCAUCUCAACUUGGGCAUGCUUGCCACUUCACUUGCACAUUACAAAUCUAAACCAAGAACUUAUAUUGGAUGCAUGAAGUCUGGGCCCGUUCUCUCUCAAAAAGGGGUGCGAUAUCACGAGCCAGAGUAUUGGAAAUUCGGGGAAGAAGGAAAUAAGUAUUUCAGGCAUGCAACAGGCCAAAUUUAUGCCAUCUCCAAGGACUUAGCAGCAUACAUUUCUACUAACUCGGGUAUAUUACAUAGGUAUGCCAAUGAAGAUGUAUCUUUAGGCUCUUGGCUAAUUGGCUUGGAUGUUCAACACAUAGAUGAUCGUUCCAUGUGUUGUGGAACUCCUCCAGAUUGCGAGUGGAAGACACAAGCAGGGAAUGUAUGUGUGGCUUCAUUUGAUUGGUCAUGCAGCGGAAUAUGUAAGUCAGUGGAUCGGAUGAAAUUUGUUCAUAAUUCUUGUGGAGAAGGAGAUGGUGCUGUUUGGAAUGUUGAUGUUUAA